AUGAGGAUAAAGAGAGAUAGAGAAGUAGAGAGAGAAAAGGUGAAAGGAAAGUCAGCUUUCGAUGAGGUCUGGAUGGUGUUUAUGGACAAUGUUAGUAUGAGAGUGUCACAAUGUGCGUUAAGGGAACUAUUCUUAGGCCAUGGUCUUGUUGAGAGAGUUUUCAUUCCCAAAGAAACAAGAAACCCAAAAUACAAAUUCUCCACUUUUGCUUUUGUGCAGUUUGGGAGUGAGGCAGGUUUGAAAAGGGCAGUAGAUAACUUAAAUGGUUCAUUGAUAGAUGGGAAGAGGAUUACAGUUGGAGCUACAAGAUAUAAGGAAGCUCAUUCAAGGACAGGGGGAAGAAUAGUUCUUUGA